GCAUUUCCCCCCGCCCGCCGUCAGCCACUAUAGGAACAAAAGCGUUCACUCCUUCAACCAUCCUCACCUUCCUUGUUUUCUGAGCCAGUCUCAAACUAUACAGUAGUUGACUAUAGCACACCAUGUCUGUCACGAACACCACACCCGCAGGACAGCAGGUCAACGUCCUAUUCGUCUGCCUCGGCAAUAUCUGCCGCUCCCCCAUGGCCGAAGGCGUCUUCCGGCACGUCGCCGCCGCGCACCCGCUCAUCAACCAGAUCGACUCGGCCGGCACUGGCGCCUACCACGCCGGCGAGUCGCCCGAUCACCGCACGAUGACCACGCUGCGCGCCCACGGCAUCACCCGCUACGUGCACGCGGCACGCAAGGUCACCAAGGAGGACUUCCUGACCUUCGACUACCUCCUGGCGAUGGACAAGUACAACCUGCGCGACCUGCAGGAGACGCGCGAGGCCGUGCUGGCGUCGGCCACCAAGAAAUCCAGCGGCGUCGCCAAGGUGGCUGAAGUGCGCCUGUUCGGGGAUUUCGGGGUUGGCGGCGCCCUGCAUGAGCGGGUGGGCGGGGGCGAGGUGGUGCAGGACCCUUAUUAUGGGGGGGUCAAUGGGUUCAAGGAGGUUUAUGAGCAGGUCACGCGGUUCUCGAGGAAUUUCGUCGAGUACCUGGAGAAGAAGCAGGGGGUGGAAGAGGAGUGAAGAUUGGGUUGUCGGGAUUAUGACAGCUCCGGUGCCAUGAGAUACGGAUCGCAUGCUCAGUGUGAGCAGUUGCGAGUUGAGAUUUGAUAGAUCACCACCACCACCACCUGAGCGACUUGCUUUGCAGCGAAAAUAGAUCAGCCGUCUGCAUCUUAUAGACUAGACUACAUAUGGAUCCAUG